UCAAUUCGCUGCAGCAGUACUACCUUAGCCCUGACCCGCACUUCUCUUUGAUUCAGAAGGAGAACCCAGAUGGCAGUAGGUACCCAGAGCUGGUACUGAACGCGUCCCUGGACAGGGAAGAGCAGUCCUGUCACCACCUGGUCCUCACAGCUGUGGACGGGGGCGAGCCGUCCAGAAGCUGUACUACACAGAUCAGGAUAAUUGUCGCAGAUGCAAAUGAUAACACACCAAAGUUCACCCAGGACAUGUACAGGGUCAGUGUUAGAGAGAAUCUGCCUGCCGGCUCCUCGGUCCUAAGAGUCAUGGCCACUGAUCCGGAUGAGGGGAUCAAUGCCGAGAUCACUUAUGCCUUCAUCAAUAUUGAUAAGUCAGUGAAAGAACUGUUCAAGCUGGACAGUAAAACAGGGGAACUCACCACUGGUGAAGGACUGGACUUUGAAGAGAGAGAGAGCUACACAAUUGGGGUGGAAGCAAAGGACGGUGGACAUCACACUACAUAUUGUAAAAUACAAAUAGAUAUUUUGGAUGAAAACGACAAUGUCCCAGAGAUAACCCUGGCUUCUGAAUCCCAGCAUAUACAAGAAGAUGCUGAGCUUGGGACUGUUGUUGCCCUGAUCAAAACACAUGAUCAAGACUCUGGACUUAAUGGGGAAAUCAUGUGCCAACUAAAAGGAAAUUUCCCAUUUAAAAUAGUUCAAGAUACGAAAAACACAUACAAGUUGGUGACAGAUGGAUCCCUGGACCGAGAGCAGAUCUCAGAGUAUAAUGUCACCAUCACGGCAGCUGACAGGGGCAAGCCGCCCCUCUCCUCCAGCAUAAGCAUCACCCUACACAUCUCCGAUGUCAACGACAACGCCCCAGUUUUCCACCAGGCGUCCUACUUGGUUCACGUGCCAGAAAACAACCCUCCUGGAGCCUCCAUCGCUCGAGUCAGUGCCUCCGACCCGGACUUGGGUCCCAACGGCAGCGUCUCCUACGCAAUCGUGGCCA